CAGAACCUUUGACUUUGUGUGUCUGUCUAGGUUUGUGGUGCUGGGUUCCUCAUGCACCUGCAUUCAGUUAUUACACUGCAGCACUUGACUGCUGGUAUUGUUGAAAAUGUACCGAACUCAAAUCACAGCUCAUCCUUAAAUAAGCUGGGUAGGAGAUGGACUGAUGUGACAGAUAAUCAGCUUGUGUCUGAUUUCCUUGAUUCAUUUAAAAUCAAAGCAGAAUAGAAGUAACUGCCAGUUAUUUCUAAUGCCUAUUUUAUUCCUUAAUUCCUGAGGAAUUAUAUAUUUGUAAAAAAAACUAUUACCUCCUGUCUCCAUCUGUUAUACACUUUUGUAUCUAACUGUCCAUUUAUCAGUGCCCUUGAGCUUUGACUCUCCCCUGGUUAAGUCUUCCUUCAGCAUAAAAUGUGGUCUGUGUGACCUGGCCUAACCUUGUCGGUUACAUGCACAUCUUUAAGCAUGAAGCUGAUCAGUGGUUUCCUGGAAAACUAAAGCUAUGGGUAGGCUAAGACCUUUCUUGGAGAGAUUUUCAGAUGCUUGGUAAUUGUACUUUUAAAUGCAUUAGAUAAACUACAGUAUAUGUAUUUGGAAUUGGAUCGAUAAAUGGGGUUUAUUUGUACAGUGAAUGGUUGUGUUGAGCUGUGCAGUGUUAUAUUUAACAAAGGGGAACCAUUGUUGAUUUAUUUUCCUGGUGGGUUUCAGGGCACUGAAUCCCCUAGGUCCAUGUUUCACUAACCAGUCCUUGGGAACCCCUAGACCAGGGGUCUCAAACUCCAGUCCUGGGGGGCCUGAGCCCUACACAGUUUUUGGUUCACCCUCAUUUAACACACCUGAUUCAACUCCUUGUGCUAAUUACCACACAGCUCAUGAGCUGAAUCAUUUGUGGUGGAGCAGGGAAAGAACUAAGCUACACAGGGCUCCGGCCCCCCAGGACUGGAGUUUGAGACCCCUGCCCUAGACAAUCCAAAUUCUUGCUCCUUCCCAGGGAGCAAAAAUGUGGACUGUCUGCCAGGAAGCUGGGAGGGAGCAAAAACAGACUGUUUGGAGGUCCUCAAGGACUGGGUUAUGAAAUACUGACAUUGGUUCACGUGUAUUUCCCAAUGUGGCAGAGGAGGGAUGGGCCUCCUUAAUAUUUUCUCAAAUAAAGUUGUUGACUGAAAACUAACUCCAUUACUAAAGACAGGGCUGCACAAGUUGGUCAAUAUUUAUGUCCUGUAAUAAUUAUCUAAUCCAUUAUGAGUGUACUGUUAAAGUCACAUAAUACAUAUAUAUUAUCUGAACUGAUGAACUGACCUAGGGGACAAUUCCUCAUCCUUGUUUUUAUUUAGAAUAUAUCAUAUACAGUAUAAGCCCCUUUUCCCUGUUGGAUAACCCGCAACCCCUAGUUAUCAGCAACUGGUGUGGACAUUCUACCAUUUGGUCUUUUGUAUUUUUGUAACCGAGACAAAAGGCUGCAUACAGGUUUUGUACUGUGGUUAAACGUGGUAGGAUUUUGUUGCGGUUUUAGCACGGUAUUAAAAUUAUAAAGUUAAACAUCUAAACUUUUUGAUGGGUUUGUUAUAUACCUACGUUCAAUGUUUAGUUUUCUUUUUGUAAUUUAUAAGUUAUCAAAGACCGCUUGUUUACGAGACGAUUUGAGUAUGUCAUGCAUAAUUUAUUGGGGAAAAUAAUGUAUAGUGCGAUGGGGUCUAUUUUUGUAACGCACCGUUAACUGGGUCAGAAGGCAUUGCGAAAGGGGGUAAAGUACAAAGUCAUUUAAACGCAUUCAUUUUGUAAAUCCAUACAAAUUAUGUAAGCGACAUAACUUUCGUCUUCAAACCACUUAUCCAGCACAGGGUUGCUAUGUGUGUUUACCAGUUAACCAAUUAACCAAUUUGUAGAAAUUUAAACAUAUUUAGCAAGCGACACCCCACAGAUGUUACUGGAACAUAAAUAAAAUACAUAGGCAAAUGGCGAAAGGCUUUAGUCUACAUAAUUCCUCUUACGCUGUAACUUCCAGUGUUUUCAUAGAACCAUAUUUUCCCGACAGUGGGUGCAACUACCACUGCCGCUACCGUCUCCCGGAGAGCUACUAGCGAUACGCAUGCGCAUUUUCCGCAGCGGUGAUUGGCCGUCGGGACACGUGGUUGUGUGUAUUCCUCAGCUACUGCCUUUAUGGUGGGAGGGGCGGUGUCUGUAGACUGCCUUUUGCCUGGAUAAAUGCACCCAAACGCGGGGCUGGGGACUCUAUUUUACGUUAGAGCAUCAUCGGGCCAAAAUUUAGAUCUACGUCAACAAUCAUGCCCAAAACAGCAGACCACAGGACUCAUUUGGUUCUGGAGAAUUACAUAGGGGGCAAAUUCGUGCCGUUCUCCAGACAUAUAGAUUCAUAUGACCCAUCCACGGGGGAAGUGUAUUGCAAAGUGCCGGACAGUGGCAAGGAGGAGGUGGAGCUGGCUGUUACAGCUGCCACGGAGGCUUUCCCAGCCUGGGCUGCACGGAGCCCCUCGGACAGGGCGCAGGUUCUCCACAAGCUUGCGGAUCUCAUCGAAGCCCACCUGGAGGAAUUUGCACAGGCUGAAUCCAGAGACCAAGGGAAGACAAUCACCCUCGCCCGCACCGUUGACAUCCCGAGGUCGGUGUACAACUUCCGCUUCUUCGCGACGUCCGUCCUUCACCACACCACUGAAUGCAGCCAGCAGGACCACCUCAGCUGCAUCACCUACACCAUCCGCAGCCCUGUGGGCGUAGCUGGUCUCAUCAGUCCCUGGAACCUGCCGCUCUACCUGCUCACUUGGAAAAUUGCCCCCGCCAUCGCCGCGGGCAACACCGUGGUGGCCAAACCCAGCGAGAUGACCUCCGUCACAGCCUGGAUGAUGUGUAAGCUCCUGGAAGAGGCAGGCAUGCCCCCUGGGGUGGUGAACAUCGUGUUUGGGACCGGCCCUGGGGCGGGGGAUGCUCUGGUAUCCCAUCCGGAGGUGCCCCUUAUCUCUUUCACUGGGAGCACGGCCACAGCCCAGAUCAUCACCGAGCGCAGCGCCCCCUUCUGUAAGAGGCUGUCCCUCGAGCUGGGCGGGAAAAACCCUGCCAUCAUCUUCCAUGAUGCCGACCUGGAGGAGUGCAUCCAAACAACAGUCCGGUCCAGCUUCUCCAACCAGGGGGAGAUCUGCCUCUGUACCAGCAGGAUCUUUGUGGAAAGGAGCCUCUACCCAGAGUUCUUGAAGCGGUUUGUGGCUGCCACUCGACUGUGGAAGACGGGGGCGCCCUGUGACAGCGGCAACAACAAUGGAGCCCUGAUCAGCAGAGAGCAUUUAGAAAAGGUGAGGAGCUACGUGAAGCUGGCUGUGUCGGAGGGAGCCCAGGUGCAUUGUGGGGAGGGCGUCGACAUGCUGGAGCUGCCCGAUCGCCACAGGGGCGGCUACUUCAUGGCACCGACGGUGCUCACCGGCGUGGAGGACGCCUCGCGCUGCAUGCAGGAGGAGAUCUUCGGCCCCGUGACCUGCAUCGCGCCCUUCGACGGCGAGGAGGAGGUUAUUGGACGUGCCAAUGGCGUCCGCUAUGGCCUGGCGGCUGUGGUGUGGUCGCGUGACGUAUCGCGGGUGCAUCGCGUGACGCGGCGCCUUCAGGCCGGCCUGGUGUGGAGUAACUGCUGGCUGAUACGGGACCUCAACAUGCCUUUUGGAGGCAUGAAGUGUUCCGGCGUGGGCCGCGAGGGCGGCCGCGACUCUUACCAUUUCUUCACCGAGGUGAAGACCAUCACGGUCAAGCACUGAGGGUCUGCUCCCUUCUGGAAGCCUCUAGAGCAGGGGUAGGUAACCCUGAUCCUGGAGUGCCAGUAUCCAGGUUUUACAUCCUACCUGGUCUCUGAUGAACCAUGCCUGAUCUCAGGCAGAUAGUAAUUGAUCGGGCAAAAUAGAAAACACGCUAGAUUCCAGCACUCCAGGAUCAGGGUUGCCUAACCCUUCUCUAUGGCUUCAAGGCUGAUAUAUACUUCUGCGUGGAGCCUAAGCCAUGACCUUUCCAAGUGGCAUUUACAUUUGUGUGCUGGUGUGUCUGUGUCUCUCAGUAAUUACACUGCCAUAAUGGUAGGUGAUGCAUAGUUUGGGAUCUUGCAUUUGUUUUCCCACCCUGCGAUUUAUUCAUUUGUCGAAUCAUACAAUUGAAAGAGGAAAAAAUAACAACCAUUUAGCAAAGUAUCUAUUUAUCAAGUCCUGGUCACAGUUGCGCUACUUCAAACUUACGGUACACAAUUUUGGAUGGUCACUUCUUAUGCAUUUUCCCGUCGAAAGUUAGUGUCUAUACUACUUUUUACCUUUUUUUUUUUGUUAGUCUUGUGACGUACAAAUAAAACCCUCAUCUUGAGUGUUUUGUAGAGCGGUUGCUGCGAUGCCUAGGGUGUGUUACCUAAUGCUAGGUAUAAAUAAUGCUUCGGUUUCAGUCAGUGGUACAAGUGCACCUGGGUGUACGCUUUCUUCGCCCCUAUAAAUAAACAAACGUUAACAGAGUGAACCAAUCGCAGUUCUCGGUCUGCAUCAACGUACCGCGUAGUUACGUUUCUGGGAAGGUGCACAUCAGGCUAUGGUGCAGGGUCCACAGCUACGUCGUACUUAUGGCAUAGAUUCGACGCAGGAAUAUAAAUCAGCCUUUAGGUCAGGCAAUUACAUCCAGCCUGACGAGCGUGUGAAUGUAUGUGACAUGACUUUAACAUACAUGUUUCUGAUUUGUGCUUCCCGUGGGUCGUGUAUGUUCAUGACUGUGUUACACUUUUCAGAGGCCCGCUAACUGCUAACAUCUCCUCACCAGCUCUCUGCUAACUUAGCAGAGCAUUAUUUGAGUUGGUAACAGCCACUUCCUCUUUCCAUACAGAGCCACAGAGUUCUGUAGAAGUUAGGAUUUAAUGGUUAGAUGAAAAGGUCCUUCACUUCCACAAUUUUCACUUGCGUAAGCCCCUCCUCUUCUUGCUCAUCUGGAGGUCAAGCGUACCAAGUGAAACUGAUAUUUUGACUGAUGAAAUUGACAAGAGUUAGAAAGUCAGGGUGCAGUGAGAUUUGUGUUGCACAACCCCAAUAACUUCAGCUGAAACCAGAGUGAAACCCCUUCUGAAAAGGAAGUGUAGUAUUUUAGUAAAAUAUCAACCUCUUCAAAUGGGUUUGAAUGGCACACAUACUGGUUCUGCUGGAUACUUCCUAAGUAGUUUGUGUGAUUUCCCACUAGAGGGAGCUAGAGGAUUUAUGCACAGUGACAGCUGAAUUAAUGGCAUGGCUGAUGGACCACUGAUUUCUUCUUUCAUUUGAUAUUAUUUAAAUAUUUAAAAAGAAAUGGUCCGAUAAAAUCAAUUUUAAUUUUCCAACAGCAUUUUACAUAAGCACAAAUCGAUUAUGGAAUCUGGUUGCAUGUCUUUACUCUUAAUGGUGAUUUAAUAAAUUGGGUAAACCAUGAAUUUCUGAGCAUAAUUUUGCAGUGAAGUUUUCAGUUUGAAAGCAAAAUAUCAGCAGUUUAUCCAUCAUUUCCAUUUAUUUUGCAUACAUGGUCAAUAUAGAAAUUAUUUUGGAAAAACAACAUAGAGAUACAGAAGAUGUCUUGUAACUCAGUAAGGCAGAAUGUUCUGGGUUAUUUGCGAUGCACUAACCACAGGAAUCCUCUGACUGGCACGUGUUGUGGAAAUGCUUAUUAUUGCAAGAUGCAGCACCCUCUGCUGCAGGGGCAUGGAACAACAUCUUGCACAAUUUCCAGUCGUCAUCUCUAGUUUCUCUGUAUUCUCCGUUACUUUGCGGUUCUGUAGUUGGUCACUGUGCCCCUUUUCAUGCUGGACUGGAAGGUCUGACUCAUUAUCCAUCACCCUGUGGUUUCCGAGUAGUACUUACAAGAAUAGACUCUGUAUGUAUGCCAAAUAAAAACUGAACUUGACAAUGUG